AUGAAGCGCUUCCUGGGAUCUCUGAGCAGGCGCUCAAGCUCUAGCGACAGUGUCGAACACCGUGAAGACUCACCAGAAGCCAUUGUCCUGAAAGAAUUGACUGCCUUCUGCGAAUCGAAUACAAAUACAAAUGCGAAUGGUUCUUCGCGUGACGCGCAAGGAAAUGAAUUCGUCCACCUCCCCAGAAUCGUCGAAACUGCCGAGUCGAGCCCCAAUGCCGCCAAGCAAGCGGCUCUGCGCAUUCGCAAGUAUCUCGCAGAUCCCGCCGGCACCCCGAACCAGACUCAGUACAAUGCGAUCAUGCUCAUGCGCAUCCUGGUCGACAACCCGGGCCACACCUUCACCCGCAACUUAGAUGCUAAAUUUGUGACGACCAUCAAAGAGCUGUUGCGCACAGGACGCGAUUGGCAUGUGCAGAGCUAUCUCCGCCAGUAUCUAGAUCUCCUUGAGCAACAGCGGUCAUGGGACCAAGAUCUCAAACUGCUGCUGCAGAUGUGGUCGAAGGAAAAGAUUAAAGCUUUCCGCGGUGUGAUCGACCCUUUUCCGAUGAAUACCAUCGUCCCACCGCAAGUCCCGCCCAGGCAUCUCCAGCAGCAACCAUAUAUCCAGCCCCGCGCGCCGGCAAAUACUCUCCCAGAUCUGGUAGAACUAGCGGCGCGCAUCGAGGAAGCGCGCAAUUCGGCAAAGCUGCUAACGCAGUUCGUCCAGUCCACGCCACCGGUAGAGCUGGAAAACAACGAUCUCAUCAAAGAGUUCAUCGACCGCUGCAGGUCCAGUUCGCGUUGUAUUCAAGGAUACAUUCACUCGACCAACCCGGCUCCAGACGAGGACACUAUGUUGACGCUUAUUGAAACGAACGACGAGAUCUCCGUAGCGCUGUCGCAGCAGCAGCGUGCCAUGCUGAAGGCACGCAAGAUUAGAGGGUCUUCAUCGCCGAGUUCGUCCAAUUUGAAUAGCCCCUCGCCGACAUCACCGCCUGUCGCAUCAGGCCCUACGACUUUCUCCCCUCCCGCCAGGCCGCCCGUUCGGACUGCAACACGCAGCCCCGAGUCCCCUGCUCCCGUCCCGGCACAGUUGCCUUCGACGGCCACGACCGGUAGCCGCGCACCUGCUUCUAAUCCUGCAUCGGGAUCUGCGACUGCGAGCCGAUAUGAAUACAACGCCGAGGAAUUCCAGGUGCGGAAUCCUUUCGCUGAUGACUAUGCUACAAAUGACUCGGACCAGGAGAGGCAUCGGGGGCAUGGUGAUUCGCAGCCCCACAGUGAUCGUGUGCGCUUGCAGCCCACUGAGCAGGAGCGCUAG